UACAACUCUUGGCGGUGGUUGGUUGAUUAAAUAAUCGGUGCGUGGUCGCUACCAACAUUGCUGAAAGUAGAAAAAAACUUUUUUCGGGUGAAAUUUGGGAAUAUUUUACGCCGAUGUGGCUCUAGUACAUAAAAGUACUAUAGGAAGUCGGUGUAUAGGACCAGCCAGUCAGAAAGAUGCUGCUUCGUUUGGCACAGGCAGCCUGCGUGUCGGACAAUCUGGGCCGACACGUGAUGCAGCUGUCAAUCCGAUGCAGUCGUGGACUCAAAUCAUCGGCGCGUUUCUACUGCCAGAAAGCUGAGAAGGAGGCCAUUCAAGUCCAAGGCACCCCAUACAAGAGAAUCUCCAUCGGAGUUCCUCGCGAAAUCUUCCCAAAGGAACGAAGGGUUGCGCUGUCCCCAGCUGCUGCGCAGGUCUUGAUCAAGAAGGGAUUCACUGUGAACGUCGAGGAAAACGCUGGUGUUGAAUCACGCUUUACGAAUGCCGAUUACACUGCAGCGGGUGCCAACGUGAAGUCGAUCAAUGAAGCGUUCGGGUCUGACAUUAUUCUCAAGGUCCACGCUCCACGGAACGGGGAGUUUGAGCUGCUGAAGAAUGGAGGAACUCUGAUCAGCUUCAUGUAUCCCGCCCGCAACUCCGAACUCAUCGACAAGCUGGCCAAAAAGAAUAUGACCGUUUUUGCGAUGGACUGUAUCCCCAGGAUUAGCAGGGCUCAGGUGUUCGAUGCUCUCAGUUCCAUGUCGAAUAUUUCGGGUUACAAAGCUGUUGUUGAGGCUGCUAACCAUUUCGGAAGAUUUUUUACAGGUCAGAUUACAGCUGCAGGUAAAGUGCCGCCAGCGAAGGUCCUCAUCAUCGGUGGAGGUGUGGCUGGUCUGUCGGCCGUGGGCACUGCGAAGAACAUGGGUGCAAUCGUGCGGGCAUUUGACACACGUGCGGCCGUCAAAGAACAGGUGGAGUCAUUCGGGGCAGAGUUCCUCGAAGUGACCGGAGUAGAGGAAUCAGGUGAGGGAACUGGUGGUUACGCUAAAGAGAUGUCCCCCGAGUAUAUCAAAGCGGAGAUGGCGUUGUUCCACAAACAAGCCAAAGAUGUCGACAUCAUCAUUUCAACGGCACUGAUUCCCGGAAAACAAGCUCCUGUUCUCAUCAAGAAGUACAUGAUUGACGACAUGAAACCUGGGUCCGUGGUUGUAGAUUUAGCCGCGGAGGCUGGCGGGAACAUCGAGACGACGACGCCGGGCGAGAUAACCGUCUACAACGACGUCAUCCACAUCGGACUCACAGACUUCCCCAGUCGCCUGCCCACACAGUCGAGCACGCUCUACGCCAACAACAUAUCAAAGUUUCUCAUGUCCAUAGGUGAGAAGGAACACUACAAUGUGAACCUGGAAGAUGAAGUGGUGCGCGGUUCCAUUAUUUUGGAUCAGGGGAAGUUAAUGUGGCCCCCUCCACCACCAAAACAAACUGCCCCCGUGGCUGCCCCUGCGGCUGUUGCAAAGGUAGCCCCGCCCCCUCCGAACUACUUCCGACUGCAUCUGAAUGAUUCUCUGAUGUACACGGCCGGUCUCAGCACCAUGUUAGGUCUUGGAAUGGCGUCGCCAAAUCCAGCGUUUACCACCAUGGUAACCACAUUCAGUUUGGCUGGUAUUGUCGGAUAUCACACAGUGUGGGGCGUCAGUCCUGCCCUUCAUUCUCCUCUGAUGUCCGUCACCAACGCCAUCUCCGGAAUCACAGCCGUUGGAGGCCUGCUCCUGAUGGGGGGUGGCCUGUACCCUAGCAACACCAUCCAGACACUGGGAGCCGUGGCGGCGUUCAUCUCGUCUAUCAACAUAGGCGGCGGUUUUCUCGUCACACAGAGAAUGCUGGACAUGUUCAAGAGACCAACUGACCCUCCGGAGUACAGCUAUCUCUAUGCUAUUCCCGCUGCAACGCUGCUGGGUGGCUACGGGUACACCGCCUACACCGGCGCAUACCCCGACAUCCAUCAGAUGACCUACCUGGCUGCGGGUCUGUGCUGUGUCGGGGCUCUCACCGGAUUGUCAUCGCAGACCACCUCAAGAGUUGGUAACAAACUGGGUAUGAUUGGAGUCGCGUCUGGAAUAGCCGCAACUCUGGGCAUCUUGAAACCAUCACAGGAAGUCUUCUUUCAAAUGGCUGCUUGCAUGGGGCUUGGUGGUGCUAUCGGUACCGUUAUGGCGAAACGGCUCGAGGUAACCGACCUCCCACAGAUGGUCGCCUUGUUUCACAGCCUGGUGGGUGCGGCAGCAGUGAUCACGUGUUUCGGAACAUACCUGCUCGAACAGCCGCACUUCGACCUUGACCCCGCGGCCAAUGUCAUCAAGACCUUCCUCUUCCUCGGAACAUUCAUCGGUGGAGUCACGUUCACAGGCUCGCUUAUAGCAUUCGGAAAAUUGCAAGGACUUUUGAAAUCGGAACCUCUUCUGCUUCCUGGCCGACACGCACUCAACUUAAGUAUGUUUCUGGCAAACGUGGGCGCCAUGGGAUACUACAUGUAUUCACCCAACCCGACUGUCGGCCUGAGCAUGCUGGGAAUGACCACAGCCCUGUCAAGCAUCAUGGGUCUCACACUGACUUCAGCCAUUGGAGGAGCGGACAUGCCAGUGGUAAUCACGGUACUCAACAGCUACUCGGGCUGGGCCCUGUGCGCCGAGGGUUUUAUGAUGAACAACAGCUUAAUGACCAUCGUCGGAGCCAUGAUCGGAUCGUCCGGGGCGAUCCUCUCCUACAUCAUGUGCAAGGCCAUGAACCGAUCUUUGCCCAACGUGAUUCUCGGCGGUUAUGGCACGACCUCAACUGGAACAGGUAAACCUAUGGAGAUCACCGGCACGCACACGGAGGUGACUGCUGAUCAGACCGCGGAGAUGAUCAAAGACUCUAAGAACAUCAUCAUCGUCCCAGGUUAUGGCCUGUGUGUCGCCAAGGCUCAGUAUCCUAUUGCCGAGAUGGUAGAGCUGCUGAAGAAAAACGGCCACAACGUCCGCUUUGGAAUUCAUCCCGUUGCAGGUCGUAUGCCGGGUCAGCUGAAUGUGUUGCUGGCGGAGGCGGGCGUCCCAUACGAUAUCGUCUUGGAGAUGGAUGAAAUCAACGACGACUUCCCGUCGACGGAAAUCGUGCUCGUGAUUGGUGCCAAUGACACAGUGAACUCGGCCGCGGAAGAAGACCCCAACUCCAUCAUCGCCGGCAUGCCCGUCCUCAAAGUGUGGCAGUCACAACAGGUCAUUGUGAUGAAGAGAACUCUCGGUGUUGGUUACGCUGCUGUCGACAAUCCCAUCUUCUUCAAACCCAACACCGCCAUGUUGCUAGGCGAUGCCAAGAAGACCUCCGACGCCCUGUUAAACAAACUUAAAGAAGUCUAUGAUCAAUAACCAUGGCAACCAUUAGAACUUUUUUUCCAAAUUGUAAAGAGACGAGAUUGUGACUGAGGUGUACAUUACUAGUAAAUAAUCUAUUACUUCUGGUUGAAUUGGACAGUAAAUAAUUUAUUACUUCUGAUUGGAUAAUAUUUUUGGUAAUUGCACUCAUAGAUUCCUUUGCUUCCAAGCAGUUUCUGAUUGCAUUAUUUUUUAGAACUAACGUUUGACUAGAUCAGGUUUUGACUGUAGAAUCUCAUUGGUUUAUAUUACUGUAAAAAUACAUGACAUUUGUUUGGAUAGUAGUUUUAGUAAUUGCACCAAUAGAUUCUCUUGCUUCAAAGGCUCUGUCUGAUUGGAUAGUCUUUUGAGAAGAAAUAUUUGACUGGAUCACGGCUUGACUGUAGAAACUCAUUGGUUUAUAUUACUAUUAAAACAAAUGUAUGACAUUUGUUUGGAAAAUAGUUUUAGCAAUUGCUCCAAUAGAUUCUGUUGUUUCAAAAGCUCUUUCUGAUUGGAUGAUCCUGUGAAAAGUAAUGUUUGAUUGGUCAGAUUAGCUGAAGUACCUCCUUGAGCACAUCUGUACAACAGAUCUGCCCAGGAUCCAAUGACUGACAGCAUCAGAUGUUGGACCCAUGGGCGCUGUGUGUGAAUCUUAAAUUAAUAUUCACACGUUGACCAGAGGGUUACCCCUUACUCCUGUAUAACAGUAUUUGGUUCAAUCGAGCUUUAACUUUGGCAGUUGUAUUUGAUCAAUUUAUGACAUACUUAAAUUGCAGGGCUCGAAAUUGCAUACUGCUAUUUCCAUUCUGGUCCGAAGUUUCAGGCGAAAUCAGUCUGUGUUCAUGACAUGUGCCUGUAAAUAGAUCUAUGAUGGAUGCAUACCAAAAAUCACCCACUGUCCAACUACUGGAUUCAAUGACAUAUUCAUUAAGCCAGGGCUCAGAAUAAACGAAGGAACUGAAACCACUUUUGUGCUGCUGAAUAAAAAUUACUGCCAUUGGUAAAGCUCCUAAACGAUUGCAAAAUAUAUACAUCUGGUGUUCAUUAUCUGUCAGUAUUUAACAUUUGUACAUUUGAAAUAUGUCUACAUACAAAAAAAAAUUAAAAUUGCUGAACUAAAAUUCAAGUGAUAAUGCCAGGCUUCUGAAAAUUGCGAGAUUGUAAUUUCACACAGUAACCCUUAUUUUGUUUUAUUGUGCAUUAAAUUUAGGACAUUAUAUUCAGAGCCAUAUUAGUGCAUAGGCCAACUAGGCCCAGGCCCAGGGUGCACAUUUUAGGGAGCUGCAAAAUAUAGGAAACAAAUAUUUAAAAAACUA